AUGCUUUUUCUUCUUCGAAAAGCGACGAUUCAGACGAUUCAGACGAUUCAGACGAUUCAGACGGCUGGGAAAAGACAGAGGAGGAGGAGAAGGAAGAAGUCGUUUUUAUCGUCGUCGUCGUUUGAAGAAGAUUCGGACGCGCUCGUGCAUUUCAUCGAAACCGUCGCUAAAAAUGAUUUCAACGCGCGCGAGAGAGUGCGCGUCGGGCAAGACGAUAUCGAAGAUCGAGGGUACGCGUUGAUUGCGAACAGACCUUUACGAGCGGGAGAGGUGGUUCUUUCUUUACCGAUGCGCGCGAGAUUCGUGGUGCUUUCAUCGUCAUCAGAAGAGGAAGACGAAGAUAUCUAUUCCUGGUCGAAACCGUUGGCGAAACGGUUGGUGUUUGACGAAAAGGAGAGGAAACGACACGAGGUUUGGCUGAAGAGUUUACCGAAAGAAGCACCGAGAGUGCCUGGGAUAUACAUGGAGGAAGAGGAGAUCGAGAGAUGGGUGAAAGAUAUGACGCUGAGAGAACGGUUGAUAAGGAGUCGGAGAGACCAUCGAGCGUUCGUAAACGGAUGUUGCGGCGACGACGAAAAGGAGAAGAGAGAACUGUCGCGAAUGAGGAGUUUCUUACAAAGUCGUAUAUUUGCGGACGAUAAGAAGAGAAGAUGGAAUGCACCUCUGAUUGACUUUUGCAACCACUCUUUCGAGGCGAACUGUUUCGUUCGGACGAACGUUGGGAAGGAGAACAAGCAAGGGAAAAUUGCGACGGCGGAGAUUUGCGACGACAGUUUUUUUAUCGCGCGAGACGAAGAAAAAGAGGAAGAAUAUUUCGAACUCGUGGUUUCGGAUGAAGGUUCCAUAGAUGUGGACGAACCGCUAACAAUCUCCUACGCGCCCUCGCGCUCUGGCAACACGAAUGCGUCGUUAUUCUUCGAGCAGUAUGGUUUUCUCUUGGAGGAUACAGAAAAUUCAGCUUCGUUUUUGAACAGCGUGGAGAGCGUUGAAAAGUUUCUUUCCUUUAGAAAAUAG